GGGGAAUUUCCUUGUGCCUCCAUUCCUGGGAGGGGGGGAGCGGCGUCGGAGGCCACCGUUUCCAGCAUCAGCAAUAGCAACUUGUGAUUGGCGGUACCAGAUACUGAGUUGUACAUCCCCACAUCAAUGCACUGCCAAUGGGUUAUAUCCUGUGUUGUGACCUCAUGGUUUAAGUGGGAAUAAAGAUGAGUAUAAGCAGUGAUGAGGUCAACUUCUUGGUAUAUAGAUACUUGCAAGAGUCAGGAUUUUCUCAUUCAGCGUUCACCUUCGGUAUAGAAAGCCAUAUCAGUCAGUCUAACAUAAAUGGUGCCCUCGUCCCGCCUGCUGCAUUGAUUUCUAUCAUCCAGAAAGGUCUACAGUAUGUAGAGGCAGAAGUUAGUAUUAAUGAGGAUGGUACCUUGUUUGAUGGUCGACCAAUAGAGUCUCUGUCACUGAUAGAUGCCGUAAUGCCUGAUGUAGUACAAACAAGACAACAAGCUUAUAGAGAUAAACUUGCACAGCAACAAGCAGCAGCUGCUGCAGCUGCUGCAGCUGCGACAAACCAACAAGGAUCUGCAAAAAAUGGAGAAAACACAGCAAAUGGGGAGGAGAAUGGAGCACAUACUAUAGCAAAUAAUCAUACUGAUAUGAUGGAAGUGGAUGGGGAUGUUGAAAUCCCUCCUAAUAAAGCAGUUGUGUUACGGGGCCACGAAUCUGAAGUUUUCAUCUGUGCCUGGAACCCCGUUAGUGAUCUCUUGGCAUCAGGGUCUGGAGACUCAACAGCAAGAAUAUGGAACCUUAGUGAAAACAGCACGAGUGGCUCCACACAGUUAGUACUUAGACAUUGUAUACGAGAAGGAGGGCAAGAUGUCCCAAGCAACAAGGAUGUAACAUCACUAGAUUGGAAUAGUGAAGGUACACUUCUAGCAACUGGUUCUUAUGAUGGGUUUGCCAGAAUAUGGACUAAAGAUGGUAACCUUGCUAGCACUUUGGGGCAGCAUAAAGGCCCCAUAUUUGCAUUAAAAUGGAAUAAGAAAGGAAAUUUCAUCCUAAGUGCUGGAGUAGACAAGACUACAAUUAUUUGGGAUGCACAUACUGGUGAAGCCAAGCAACAAUUUCCUUUUCAUUCAGCACCAGCAUUGGAUGUUGACUGGCAGAGCAACAACACUUUUGCUUCUUGUAGUACAGAUAUGUGCAUUCAUGUCUGUAAAUUAGGACAAGACAGACCUAUUAAAACAUUCCAGGGACACACGAAUGAAGUAAAUGCUAUCAAAUGGGACCCAACUGGCAAUCUCCUGGCAUCCUGUUCUGAUGACAUGACCUUGAAGAUAUGGAGUAUGAAACAAGACAACUGUGUCCAUGAUUUGCAAGCACAUAAUAAAGAAAUUUAUACUAUCAAAUGGAGUCCAACAGGGCCAGGGACAAGCAAUCCAAAUGCCAACCUUAUGUUAGCAAGUGCAUCCUUUGAUUCUACUGUUAGAUUAUGGGAUGUAGACCGAGGAAUUUGCAUCCAUACUUUGACAAAACACCAAGAGCCUGUGUACAGUGUAGCUUUCAGUCCUGAUGGCAGGUAUCUGGCGAGUGGUUCUUUUGACAAGUGUGUGCACAUCUGGAACACACAGACAGGUGCUCUAGUUCACAGCUAUAGGGGAACAGGUGGGAUUUUUGAAGUUUGUUGGAAUGCGGCAGGAGACAAGGUUGGAGCCAGUGCAUCAGAUGGUUCAGUUUGUGUAUUAGACCUUCGGAAAUAGCGCUACUAGUUGGAAGCCAUGGACCGACUAUGAAUGUGUAUAUAGCCAAAAUGACUGUCCCCGACCCAAGUACUGCUAUAGUCCCACUUGAACCAUGGCCAGUCCACUACAGCCAAAUCUAAGAGAAAUAUAUACAAACAGUGUAUAUAAACAAAAUUGCACCCUGAAGAUGACAGAAUUUUGUCACAGCUUGUGAAUUCUGUUCACCAAGUGCUGGAAUCAAAUCUGCUGUGCCCCUAAAAUAGCAUUUAGAAGUUUUGGAUAUGAAAAACAGAAGAGAGAAAAAAUAUGCGUUAUAAAAGCAGCCCAUACAUGUACCAGUUUUUGGAUACUAAUGACAGCCUUGUUUAUCCCCUUUGAAUCAGCAGACACCAUGGAUUAUAUUCUUUUUUCCCUUCAGUAGUUUAGCAGUUUGUAUGUACAGA